GCUACUACUAGAACUAGAACUAGAACGGAACACAUAAUAAAAAUCAAAAUAGUAUUAAAAAUGCAAUUUAUGAAACCGGCGUUUCGAAACGGCUUCCACUGCUACACCGUGUCUCGCUCCUUAUUAUUCACCUUAAACCCUAACCCCUUCUUCGCUUCAUCGUUUCGCCCCAUUUCGCGGUUCUCUUCCUCAAUGGCAACCACCGACGACUCUUCUGCUCCUGCUCUGUCACUAGAGAAGCAAUUCGGCGAGUUCAGAACUCAGCUCGAGGAGUCAGGAACCUUACGCGACCGAAUUCGUACCGUCGUUUCGGAAAUCGAAUCCACCACAAGACUCAUGUAUGCUAGUAUUCUUCUAGUUCAUCACUCUCGCCCUACUCCAGAACUUUUCGAGAAGGCUAAAAUUCAGAUUCAUGUGCUAAAAGAGAAGUACGAGCUACUUGCUGAUAUUCUUAGAGAAUGCCCUGGACAAUAUUAUAGGUAUCAUGGUGAUUGGAGGAGUGAGACACAGUCUGUAGUUUCUAUGCUUACUUUUAUGCAUUGGCUUGAAACGGGACAACUUCUCGAACAUAAACAAGCCGAGGAAAAACUCGGGUUGAAUAGUCUGGAGUUCAGUCUAGAUGUCGAAGACUACUUAGUUGGUGUUUGUUUUAUGUCUAAUGAAUUGCCGCGGUACGUGGUUAAUCAAGUGACAGCUGGGGACUAUGAUUGUCCAAGGAAGGUCUUGAAGUUUUUAACAGAACUUCAUGCUGCAUUCCGAAUGCUCAAUCUACGAAAUGAUUUUCUGCGGAAGAAAUUUGACGGCAUGAAGUAUGACCUAAGAAAAGUAGAAGAAGUUUACUACGAUGUUAAGAUUAGGGGUUUGACACCCAAUGGCGAGUCAGUUGGAAAUCAAGGAACCGAAGGGCAAUCUUAGUGUAUCUCAGACUGGAUAGAGUCGUCUUUUUGUUGGAUUAGGUAUAAGCCGCCUAUCUAUCUUCAAUUAUUUAUAAUGGUUGAUGAAAGGAAGUAAAGGCUUAUCACCAUGCUAAAUGAUUCUGUCAAUAACCUUUUUCAAAGCCUUUGUAAGAACUUAGAACCCUGUAUACUACUUACUUUAAGUAUUUAUUGAAUGAGUGUUCAUCAUAUAAACAUAUAUAUAUAAACUAUUUCUACAAUAGAAAAUAGACUGUUUUUAUGUUAAAAA